GGACAUGUUUUACGGCGUCCUCUAACAACUCGUCCAGCUGAUUCCCGUGCCAAAAUGGUAAUCGUUUUAAAUAAGUGUGUCCCCUAUAAUAAUUCCUUGAGAUAUACACCAAAUUAUGGAGUCGGUAAAACUAAAGACGCCGCACGAUGGGAAGGCACAAACGGACGCAGAUGCAGUUGUGAACGUGAAAAGCGAUCGUUGUAAGGUAGAAGCUGACUCUGUUAUUGACAUUAGUCAAUUGAGUAACAGCGGUGAUUUGCACGGAGAUGCCUCAGGAUCGAAAAGCAUGGGCUUGCUUUCUGGAUCGCCCGAAGAGCAGACAUCAACCAGAGCUCAUUGGAUGAAGUCUCACAUGCAGCAAACAAUCAGUGAUGAUGUCAAGAAGAAGAUCACCACCCUGCUUGAUGACAUUUCUCAGCUGUCAGAUGUGGAGAAGUUGUACCUUUACCUACAGCUUCCAACUGGAACCCCAGUGGAGGCAGAAACUGGGAAACAGAGAUGCUCUGGCAAUCCUCUGGGUAAGAAAGCAGAUGCAGAGGUGGCUCAGACAUACACAUGGAUCCAGAGUCACUUGGAAGAGGACUCUGAUGUCUCCCUUCCAAAGCAAGAGGUGUAUGAGGAGUACAGGAACUUCUUUGCAAAGAACAAGAUUGAACCUCUGUGUGCAGCUGACUUUGGGAAAGUAAUGAAACAUGUGUUCCCAACCGUGAGGCCACGCCGUCUUGGAACAAGGGGGAAUUCGAGGUACUGCUACAGUGGUCUUCGUAAAAAAUGUGAUAUGAAGGUUCCCCAGUUGCCAGACUUAUCCAAGGAAAAAGGGGAUGCUUUGGCAAAGGAAAAAUCAAAAGACAGUGAUGACAAUGAAGAUAGGGAUCUGAAUUCACCUGCAUGGCACUUGGUGUUGGAAUGGGCUGAGAAGCUGCUGUCGAAGAAGUUUUCUUCAGUGAAGGACUUGGCCCAGCAUCUGGUGGACAGCAUGUUUGUGGACAGCCGAUCACUGACCCCUUCAGCCAUGUUAACUUCAAGAUCCAACAACAAAGUAACGCAAACGACUUGCAAUACAAAAGCUGCAGGCAAGCAGAGGACAGCACAGCAGCAGCUCCAGCGCAAGCUUCAGGAGAAGAAGCGCCUCAGCGAGCAAAAGAAGAAAAUAUCCGAACGUGGUAUUCCAGAUAUUGAUGGGAGCAGAUCUGGUCGAAAUUCUUCAGGGGCGUGCCAGCAGAAGGGAGAGAUAUUUUCACCUACAUCGGACUGCCUUCCUGACCAAUCUCCAAUCAAAGCGGACCCUGAUAUCCCUUCGGAAGCCAAGUUGCAGGCCUCUGCCACGGGGAACAACAUCAUCUUUGUACCCACAGUACAAGGCCUGCAGCUUGGAUGUCAACAUACUGCAGACAACCAGAGUUGUUCACUGACUACCACGUGCAAGUACAAAAAGAUACAGCCGAAACCAACCUCACGCAACGCAACAGCAGUGUUUUUACAGUUCAGUGGUGAGAGGGAUGUGAUCUCCUCCAUGCAAUCAAAACGAGUUGUGCGCAGUGACGGAGAGUCUGCCAGUCCACCGAGCAGCUCCAUCAGUGUUCUGACACCAGCGUGCAAUGUAUCAACGGGCAUUGAAAGAAAGAUUGCUGAAGGGGCAUCAAAGAGACAGUCUGACGACACAGAGUGCCAGUCCCACGUUCGGAAGAGGAGGCAUACAGGGGAAGGAUCCGUCGGUGUUAAGGCAAAUGGAGAUGAGCCACUGUUAGCGAACAAGGAAGAGAUGAGUGUCGUGCACCUUGAAAAGGAAGCAUUCAAUGAGUACUUUGGUGAUGGGACAUACGAUACUGCUUUAGUGGAGCAAUUCUGCAAAGACGAACUAGUGAGCAAUGGUAAAACCUCCAACGAUACUGGUGCGGUGUUACCUGUGGGUAUAGUGAAUAACCUCGGGGUGCCGAACAACUCUGGAGACAACAAGAAGGCAAAGCUGUCUCAGUUGCGCAUGCUUCUGGAGAAGAACCUUCCAGGCUCCUACCAACGCACCGAAGCCAAGGCAGUGAAAGUCGUGAAGCAGGAAGGGAACGUGACGGACGCAUCUUCGUUUCUGGGAGACGACGCGGAUGCGGCGGUCACGAGUGGGUCGCCUGUGCACAAGAAUGCUUCAAAUUCGCAUUGGAAAACUAGUGCCUUGUCACCUGGUACAAAAAAGGCUACUAUUAUUGGGAAGGAUGAUGGCCUGGGCGUAGCGUACGUGUCUGGCUUUGAAAAGUUUUCCAACUCACAGAAUGGCAUACCUGCCAUCCAGUGCAACUCAUCACAGCCGCUGUUAAGCGAAAGUACCAGACAUCAGUAUCAUACCUCUGCGGUGCCACGAAGCCCCAGUACGCGAGGCAGAUUCUUCACGCCCAUAUCUCCGCAAAUGACUCCUUUGCCCGAUGGUGUGCCAUCAAAUGUGUCGACAUCACCCCCUGUCUUGCAGACAAGUGACAUACACACUUGCACGGACAUGAUAUCAGUAGCCGUUGGCACAUCAUCUCAACCACCGAGUGCGACGAGCAGCCCUUUUGUUUCCCCACGGGGCACACCGGUUCCCUGGACAAGAUCGCGCCACAAUUCUGGCCAGAGCGGGUACAGUGGCACCCCUCGACAAACCCCAUUCCAGGCACUCGAUUCUGGUGUUUCAUCCAUUUCGGGUUCCCCCUUCGUCUCUCCGCAAGCCACCCCAGUGACUUCUGCUCGUGCAAGACACUGUUUGAACUAUAACUGCCCCAAAACAGUUAGUUUUGGAUGUAACUAUGCGCAUAACCGAGCACGUCACGGAUCUGGCCCAGGGAACAAUCUCAUUUCCCCUCGAAGUGCUCCACUGUCUCCAAUGGUUGGUGACUGCUCAACACAGACGACUGGUUUCACUUUUCCUGCAGUUGGAGAGACGCCCCCUCAGCUUCGAUCGCGCCACAGCUCAGCAUCAAGCAUUGCUCCACCCUCUCCCCAGUCAGCACCUUUGUCACCAAUCAUAGCUUGCGGCCACCCUUCAGUGUACCAGGCACCAAGUGCUGGAGAUGAGCCUGCCAGUAUAGGCAUUGCAGAGUGCAGCAUGACAGCAGCUGUGGGAAGCGAUACAGAUUCUGGGAUUGGCCAGCAGCCUGUGAGCCCUGGCUGGUUGCCCGUGUCAACCUCAAAAGUUGACAGCUACAACUAUGGCCCCCAGUCAUCAUCCUUGUGGCUUCAGACCCGACAACGCCACGCGUCAGGGCCAAGUCAGAAAAUGCCUAGUUCUUUCAGUAGCGUGGACCCAUUCACACACGAGAUACAAGAGUACCUGAAAAAUGCCCCUCUUGCGGGGAACGCAAAUAUGACUGCCAACCGCAGCCGUUCCGUGCCAGUCCAUCAGAUGUUCAUGCUGCAUGAUGUACCUGCAGAGCCUUUCGUCAAUUUGGAGGAUGCAGUGGAAGACACCUUCUCUAAGUCUUACCCUGCCACGCCAGUGCUUCAGAGCCAAUGCUUCAAUUUUCCCACAACGUCCCAACCGCAGGCUAGCAGUUCCCUCGCGUUCACUGAUCAGGGUGUCGACACACUGGCUCCACAAGAUGACAUGUUUCUUACAGUGGCGCAGGAGUGGAACAAUAACUUGGAAAGGGAGUCUUCAAUGAAGUUUGGAGAAGAUGAUGACUUCGAUGCUGACCUUCAGUCAACGCUCGAGGACCUGAAGGAUUGCGAUGAAUUUUCCAAGUUUGCGAAAGAGCUUGAUUUCACUCCUGAGAAUGAAGAUGACAUGAAUUGAAGGUGAGCUGCCACAGGAAUGCUGAUAUCCAUUCAGAGGCAGCUUCAGAGCUAGAGGAGCAACUCUUUCGGUGGAGUCAGCGAUGAUGCAAGAAGGGGGUGUCCUACAUCAAAUGCCGCGAUGGCCGACUGGCUUGCUUGUAUGCCAGCUGCUGGGUCUCAACGAAGCAGUCAGUACAGAGGCUCCGAGUGUCUCAGCAAUGCCAUUUUUCUCUCGUAAGAUGUGGUGUUAUGUGCGUGACAUAUUCUGAUGUGUUCACUUAGCACGCACACCACACUAAUGUAUGUAUAUAUAUGUAGUACCUUUGAGUGACUUGCUCUGCAGGUAUCACACGAUCUCUCGAUUUUAUGGAGCAGAUAAUAUUGCAGAGACCAAAGAGCUGUGUAUUUUCCUACCCUAUAUUUUAGCUACAUUCAUGUUUUUCUUGGCACUGUGCUGUCUGGCUCUUGGUGUUGCCAUCUUAAAAUUCUCAAAGCACAAUAGCAUUCAUGUUUCACAGCGUUUGCGCAGCUGUUGCAAAGCACCUGUUUGUGCAGACCCUUUUCUAUUGACACACGCACGGCUGUGAGAAACAUGGCUUUUUAAAUUUGAUUGAGAAACGUUUUAACAUCAGCAAUUUUCAUAAGCACUGUUCUCUCAUUUCAUUUUAGCCUGACUGUUGUUUUGUAUAUAGCUUUUAUUUUCUUACGUUUACUUUUUUUCUGUAGCACUAGUCCUGUGAUUAGAACUGGGAAGGUACUGCAAGGUGUUGGUGAUGCGAUUUAAUACCACGAUGCAUGAUAAUAUAAGACCUAGCUUGUGCUCGUAAGGCAGCGUCCAUAAUCUGAUGUGGUGGUUGUAACUGUGUAUGCAGCAUUACAAUGCUCUUGUUCCAUUUCAUUUAAAGCUUUUUCGACAGCAUUACAUAACCAGUAAAAUACACCCUGUACAUGAUGCCACGUAAAUUAGGGGAAUUCUCGGGGGAGUACAAAAAGUUUUUACCUGUGGGAUAUCGGGUACGUGACAGUAUAAAAACAAGCUAGGUGGACAGGAAGUAGUCGCUAGAUGACAGCAUAAGUAGACUGCAUCAGUGAGUGUCAGCAAGAUGUUAUGCUAUGUGAAAGAGCAAUUGUUCUAUUAGCCCUCAUAGGGUUGAAAGCAAAUUGUCAAGACCGCAUUUACGCUAGACUUGUGAGACAAGGACUUUUAUGUACCAACGUAGUGUAGCCUUGAAAGCUCAUUUGUAACACUUACCUUUAUUUCUAUAUUAUUGUGUAUUCCACCCCUCAAGGAAUACUGUUGCAACGUUUUAUUGCAGUUUUGUACUGUUACUGCUUAAAUUGUAUUUAAGCAUUGUUUAAGGUGCCUGAUGUAACUUUUCUUACAAAGAUUAGGACUAGCAUGUACAAAGAUGCUUGUUUGAAUACCAUUGUAAAAUGUGAUAUUGCGUUGAAAUUAUAUAAAAAUGGUGCUGAGUUGUAACCUUUGCAGUGUGCUGUAUUUAAACUAAGGCAGUGUGCCUUGUGCAUAGUGUUAUAUCAAGACUGGCCUACGAUAGAGUACAGAUGCAUACGUGGGAAAUGAUGUUUGUCAGCUGCUGUUCAGUUUAUAAUUGGUGCAGUUGGAUUUCAUCAUGCAGCAGAACGUUCAGCUAUCUUCCUUGUUUCCUUUUAUUGAUUAUGCACUGAUCAGCACCAUUCAUCAGGAAAGUAAAGAAAGCUUCUAGAGAGGU